AUGAUGAUGAGCCAGAGCGAACAAAAGGUAGAAUCUGGCAAGAACAAGCGAAAAGAGAUUCUAGAUGAUCCUUCCUCAAAUGCCCAAGAAGAACCACCGGUAUCCAAACAUCGCUUGCACAAGAGACGACAACGAAAAAGAAAUCAAGACCGCAAACAAAAUGCUCUCACCGAGUUGAUGAAUAGAAUGAUAGAAUCUAUGGAUGGUGACCCUUCCGCAUCCAAAGUGGAGAAUCUAUACUCGUCGAUACCUUUGGAUCCAAAUGCAAAGAACCACUUUUGGAGCAAAGUUCCAUGCAUGUGCGAUCCGUGCAGAGCUGUCAUGGACAAAGCUAUAGCCGAUGACCCCAAACUGGACAGAGACAAGAAAUAUCAAACAAAGUACAAGAAGAAACUUGCUGUCAUGCAAGAAAUGGGAAAGAUAACGGAAACAGAGAAGGAAGAAAUGUGGACCAAACAUGGACGGGGUAUGGAUGAUACAGCCGGAGUUUCCCUCCUGAGUGCUCGGCGUGGCCAACGGAAGGCUUGGCAAAUUGAGAACUUUGCUUUCUUAUUAACGCGGAUAUUGAAGAAACGACCCGCGAACAACAAGCCUCUCACUGUGGUAGACUUUGGCUGCGGGUCAGGCAAUCUGUGUCUGGCCUUGGCAGCCUACUUUGAAAACGUUCGAUUUAUCUUGGUGGAUAUGAAGCCAUACCCACUCAAGCUAGCGGAGCGACGAUCCAAAGAAGCUGGACUUACAAAUGUGGAGGUCAUGCAAUACACAUUCUCUCCGCAGAAUCUCAACGACUUUUGUCCCACGUUAGAUGCAAACAAUGCUGGCAGUGGAAAUAACGAGGUUGUAGCGUUUGACGUGGGGAUAGGACUGCAUUGUUGUGGUUCAUUCACUGAUAUGGUAAUGGAAUUGUGUUUGAGACGUGGUGCAACUUGUAUAGUUUGUCCAUGUUGCAAUGGCGCCAUGACAUCCAAAACUACAGGUGGGUACCAAUACCCACGAAGUUCCAGCUUUCGAGGAAUCAUGAGUCAAGAUGAAUAUCUGGGUCAGCUCAGCAAGAGUGCUGACGAUUUAGGCAACUACGAAGCCAAAUGUUUGAUCGAGUAUGAUCGAGCCUUGUGGGCGAAAGAAAGUGGCUUCAAAGAGGUUAGCAUGUGGAAGCUGAAUCCUACCGAAUGCACCCCUAAACAUCAUGUGCUAUGUCUUGAAUGCUAG